AUGGAAGCCCCGCUGCCCCCGGGCCCGGCCGGGGAGACACGGGACCAGCCCCGCAAAGCGCCUCACGACACCCGGCGGCACUUUGCGGCCGCGGCGCUUUGCGCUCUACGCGCCUUUCGCGGCUUCUUCGGGUUCCCGGGGCGGCGCAGGCCCCGGGACCCGCUGUUCGGCGGCGCGGCGUGGGACGAGGAGGAGGAGGAUGACGGCCCGUGCCUGGCGCAGCCCCCACAGGACUUCGGCUUCGGAUUCAGUCCCGACGCGUCGCACGGAACCUUCGAGGAGCUGUUCCGGGACAUGGGCGAGCUCCUGGGGGCCGUCGCACCGUGCUGGUGCCGCUCGGUGCUUGUCGCGGUGUUGCCCUGGUGUUGGGGUUUGCUUCCCGCGUCACCGGCGCGUGGCUUUGCCUUGCAGCUGGAAGAUGCUCGCCCGGCUCCUCCCGGCCUCAAGGAAGACCAAGACUUGGACUCCCAGGUUUUCUCCGCGGGGCUGGGGACCAUCCUGAGACCCAACGAGCCCAAGUCCCGCUCCUACUUCCAGAGCGUCUCUGUCACCAAAGUGACUCUGCCUGACGGGGCAGUGGAGGAGCGUCGCACCGUGCAGGACAGCCAGGGCCGCCGGGAGACCACGGUGACGCGCCGGAGGGGGGACCAGGCCUUCAUCGCCACCACCAAGGAGGACGGGCAGGGCAAGGACUACCGGGAGGAGGUGCUCAACAUGGACGACCGGGAGCUGGCGCAGUUUGCAGACUCGUGGCCGCGGCGGGACGAGCUUCGCCCUCCCAAUCCGAGCGACCCGUCCUCUGUCCUGAGCAGCUUCCUCCGACACUGGUUCUCCAGCUGGUAGCUGUGCCCGGCCCUGGCUGAGCACCCAGUGGAUCAGAUCCUCCUGGGAGUUGGCACCUGGCCUGGGGGCUGCCUUCCUUCAGGAGUGCUGUGGAGCCACAGGAACCCCCGUGGGGGGCCAAAUGUGCGUGCGUGUACAGAGCAAUAAAGUCUAUUUAUGCUAAA